AUGACGCGCGGCCACCGCACUCGAGACGGGGAUGACGCGCGGUCCGCGGCGCUGCCAUGCAGAGGGCGGCGGCGGCCGCGCCGCCAACGGCUCUUCGGGGACCGGCCGGUCGGGAGCCCAUCGGUGGAACUUGCCCCCGAUGUCUUCUUCAUGCGGGUGCGGCUGGAGGAGACUGGGGAGAUAUUCCGAGUGAUAAACUGCCACAAUGACAUGACCGUGCGGGAGUUCAAAGAGGAGCUGGAUCUGAUGGUCGGGAUCCCCUUCAACCUGCAGCGGCUCCAGUACCUCGACCAAGGAGUUUUGAUGGAUGACACUACGUUGAAGUUCUAUGAUGUUGUUCCUGGUGGAAUUAUUUCAUUAUGUAUCUGGCAUUAUGACGGAUGGACAGAACUCGUGGUGGCGGCCGUGGAAGGGGAUCCGAGCAAGCUGUCUUGUCUUGGUGUCACUGAAGACUCCUUCUUCCGAACUCCAAACUCAGAACGUUUUGGAGCUGAAGAAUUGAAGCAGUGGAUGGCUCAGAGGGCGUUCGUGGCGUUGUACAUCGGCUCACACAGAGGCAACGCCGAGGCCGUGCAGUACCUGCUAGAACAAGGAGCCAACUGUAUGGCCAAGUCGCCCCUGGGCAGGACGCCCCUGCACGUGGCUGCAGCCAUGGGCCGCUCAGACUGCAUCAACCUCCUGCUCAAGUUCGGGGCCUCCAGCCAGGAGAAGGACGCCAAGGGGGAGACACCCAUCAACGUUGCCCACCGCCUCAGCCGCAGGCAGAGCGAGCGGCGAAUGUUUCUCUUCCACUGGCUGUCGCGGUCAGGGGCCAAGGAGCCCAGUGAAGUGAUCAUGAAGAAGUUCACUCAGAGUGCCAAUUCUGAGUCGAGGCCCAAGAGGAAGAAGACCCCAAAGUAG